UUCCCUAUACCCCCUUCCUCUUCCCUCUCUCUCUUCUCUGCUCUGGUAGGUCCACAAUGGUACAGCCAGCAUCUUGCAGCACAAUGGUUGCAAGGUGGUGAGCUGGGGGGAGAGUGAUUCAGCAUCAGCAAACCUCGGUUCCGUCCACCCUUUGCUUUUUUUCUUUCCUCAUCGCCUUUUUUUGUGUCUCCCCCCUCCACCUCCUCCUCCACCACAUUCGCCAUCUUUAUGAACGUUUAAAUUAAGCCUUCAGCUAUGGUCACCGCGCUGUUUCCCGUCGGGAUGUUUUGAAAAAGGACUGUCACCGGACUGGGAUCGUCAUCAGCUGGCACGGAAUGGUAUUUAUGAGCAGACAUUUCUUAUAUAACUGCAGCCAACCAAUCCUGGAUGUGAAGAUAGCCUUUUGUCAGGUGUGUGUUCCUUACAGGUAAAAAAGGGUUUUGGAAAACAAGUGGAUGUGUCAUAUAUUGCCAAGCAUUACAACAUGAGCAAAAGCAAAGUGGACAACCAGUUCUACAGUGUGGAAGUGGGAGACUCUACCUUCACAGUUUUAAAACGUUUCCAGAAUUUAAAGCCCAUUGGCUCUGGAGCUCAGGGAAUUGUCUGUGCGGGCUAUGAUGCUGUUCUGGACAGAAAUGUAGCCAUCAAGAAGCUGAGCAGACCCUUCCAGAACCAGACCCAUGCCAAAAGGGCAUACCGGGAGCUGGUGCUCAUGAAAUGUGUCAAUCACAAAAAUAUUAUCAGUUUAUUAAAUGUCUUCACGCCACAGAAAUCAUUAGAGGAAUUCCAGGAUGUGUACCUAGUGAUGGAGCUGAUGGAUGCCAACUUGUGCCAGGUGAUUCAGAUGGAGCUUGACCAUGAGAGAAUGUCCUACCUGCUCUACCAGAUGCUGUGUGGUAUCAAACAUCUGCACUCAGCUGGGAUUAUUCACAGGGACCUCAAACCAAGCAAUAUAGUGGUGAAGUCAGACUGCACCCUGAAGAUCCUGGACUUUGGUCUGGCCAGGACUGCAGGCACAAGCUUCAUGAUGACCCCUUAUGUGGUGACUAGAUACUACAGAGCCCCAGAGGUUAUCCUGGGCAUGGGAUACAAAGAGAAUGUGGAUAUAUGGUCGGUGGGGUGCAUUAUGGGAGAAAUGGUGCGCCACAAAAUCCUUUUCCCUGGUCGGGACUACAUCGACCAGUGGAACAAGGUGAUUGAGCAGCUGGGCACGCCCUCGCCAGAGUUCAUGAAGAAGCUUCAGCCCACAGUGAGGAACUAUGUUGAGAACCGGCCAAAGUACGCGGGCCUCACCUUUCCCAAGCUCUUCCCUGACUGCCUUUUCCCUGCUGACUCUGAGCACAACAAACUCAAAGCUAGCCAGGCCAGAGACCUGCUGUCUAAGAUGUUGAUCAUUGACCCCGCUAAGCGGAUAUCGGUGGACGAGGCCUUACAGCACCCCUACAUCAACGUGUGGUACGAUCCAGCUGAGGUGGAGGCGGCCAGAGAUCUCAUCCAGUUAUCCAUGCCUCCGCCUCAGAUCUACGACAAGCAGCUGGAUGAAAGAGAACACUCCAUUGAUGAAUGGAAAGAAUUAAUCUACAAAGAGGUGAUGAACUUUGAGGAGAGAACGAAGAAUGGCGUUGUGAAGGGACAACCUUCACCUUCAGGUGCAGCCGUGAACAGCAGCGAGAGCCUCCCUCCCUCCUCCUCUAUCAACGACAUCUCCUCCAUGUCCACCGACCAGACCCUGGCCUCAGACACUGACAGCAGCCUGGAGACCUCUGCAGGACCCCUGGGGUGUUGCAGGUGACUAGCCGCCUGCCUGCGCAACCCCAUGUUCUUCCGAAGGUGAAGAACGCGACCGAAAUGACCAACUGCAAAUACAAAAAAAAAGGAAAAAAAAGAAAAAAAAGAGUAAAGAUCAAAAUUAAUAUAUUAAGAGCAAAAACAUGAGUUAUGGAAACACAGAAUCUGAAAUGAUGAAAUCUAAAGCCUGUGCAUUGUCAUUCAAAAACAGCAGUGGUAUUUAAACUGAAGUAAAUGAGCUGAGAUAUAUGUUAAUGAUUCUCUAGUUGCUUUGCUUAUAUUACCCCAAAUAUCUUGUAUAUGGCAUCCAAACAGAACGACCAAAUGCUUAGACUUGCAUCUCCUGCAAAGUGCAUAUUGGCUGGCUGCUGGUCUCCCAAUUCCUUACAAAUUACUUAUGCUCCAAUCACUGUGGCAAGGUGGGCUGCCAUCUUUGCUCAUUACUACUGUACAAUACAAGCUUCAUUCCUCCUUCUCCCCCCUCCUCCCCAGUCUUUAUGUACUGACACUGCUGUAUUUUAACCUCAAGGCUUUGCCUUAGACCCCCCACCCCCCAAUCAUCCCCACCAAACACAAUCCCCCAAUGUAAGGUUGCCUGAUUUGCGUGUUUUUAUGUGGUUCUUCUGCAGGGAUGUGUAGUCUCUCUCACCCAAGCGGUGCUCCCUGCAACACUUGUAAAUAAUGUAAUUCUGUACAGCUGAAGGGCACACAGAGCGGGACUGACGGCCAGUACACUGGGAGUUUUUUUUCUGACUAGCGCACCUUGCCACAUCACCGCUUCCCACCUCAGUUGCCCCUGCCUAUUGCUGUAGUCCUGCAUGGUUAGAUUUAAAACAAUGCUAAUCUCAACUGUAUGCUAAAAUGAGUCUGUAUAGAGACUUUUGUUUAUAUAUGAUGUAAACUAACUCAACUCCAGACACGGAGGGGGUCUGGUCACAGGAUAGGAUGUGUGAGUGUGAGUGUGUGUGUGUAUGUGUGUGUGUGUGUGUGUGUUUGUGAACCACAGGCAAGCCAUUAAGACAUUGGUAAAUGUCAGGGCUGGGUUUGGGACUUAAAGGGUCAUUACACUCAGAGAUAAAUUAUUUUGAUUGUGCUCAGACUUCAUGUGAUUACAUGUAGUCUGAUUUGUUUGUAAUGUCCCUUUUAUUUCCCCUGGCAGUGUAUGAUUGGUCCCUCCACUACUCCUCCACCACUCCUGCAUGUCAUUGUGUACCAUUAACUCCUCAUAGGCACAGGAGGUUGGUCUAUUUCACUGUGGUGUAACCACAAGGAGACUAUUCUUAUUUAUUUGACUCUGACACAUUGAACACUUUCAGAAGGAGAUACAAGUAAACAGUCUGUAGUUAAAGGGCGGUUGGUGAGUGUUAACCUCGUAGCGAUGACUUGUUUUCUUCUGACGAAAAUUCACGCACAUCAGUUCACAUCAUGUGCUGUGUUUUUGUUAUGAAAAUGAAUAAAAAGGGAACCGGACAGAGGCCACCUAUCAGUUAUGUUCUAUUUCUUAGCUGGAAGAGUUAUUUAUUGAUUUAUUUAUUUUCAUAGAUGGAACCUGAAUAUGGCAAGUGCCUUUUGGAAUGAAGCAUUGCAGGUGCAGAAAUCUUAUUUACUUUUGUGUUAAUUUUUUUUUUUUCCUCUGCUUCUUCUUUUUCUGCCUUAAAACUACCUGUUUCCCCAAAACCACCAAAUCCCUGGUGGAAACGAAGCGAAACACUCUGGCCAGAUGUUAGCCAGUGUCUUGUUUUGUGGCUUAAGACAAAUCUGUUGUUUUCUUUCACAUGAUAAAAAGGUUUUCUGCCAUUUUACAUUUGAUUCAAUUUUGCUUUUCAUUUCUCCUGUGAAAUCUCAUCAGUCUUUAUAAAACAGGGUGACUAGAUUUCCUCAAAACUGGGACACUAACACAAACACUUAACAAGCAUUGUUUGCACUGAACUUUGCAAAGGCUUGGCAGCUGUAGUGCACUCUUUGCCUCAUUCACACUGUCAGGUUACAGCCUACUAAGUAACAUCUAACUUUUGAUUGUGAAAAACCAUUGCUUUUUAAUUUAAAAAAAAAAAAAAAAAAGAAGGUGUACAGUAUGUUUGGCAGACUGGAAUCAGGCGAGACAGUAUUGCGCACCAGGAACAUAUUCCAUCCAAUAUCUAUCCCAUAAUAUAAUAUUUUCACUAUUCACAGCAAGACUUUGAGCUGCAAUAUGCAAUUGUUGAUUGCAAUUAAGGUGUUGCUACAGCUUUAGAUAAAAUGCACUCUAACUGGAAACCAGGCAGUCGACCUGUCACUUGUUUAUUUGUGUAUACUGUGUUCAUCAUUAGUUUUACUGGAAUAAAAGAAGACAUUCUCAUUAUUUUGGUUUCCACUGCCAUAUUUCAUGUUUCCAUGCAGGUUUGUGGGUUUAUGGACUGUUUAAGGAACCGCUGACAGAGUGCUGGGUUAUGAAAUCAUAUUUUACAAGCAGAGAAAUAAUUUUCACAGUAAUGAUCUCUGCUGGUGGAUGGGAAACCUUCUGGGAACUGUGAGCUGUGAACAACACAAAUAGAUCACUCUCUAUUGUAUGCAUAGUUUGCAUCAAAGACUGGAUGACCUGUUUUGUAGUGUCUUGUCACUCGACACUAUAACUGACAAUAUACAGAAAUCAAAGGCACACUCAAGGAUUCUUGCACUGUCUCUUAAUGAAACAACAUCUGUGUGUCAAAACACCAUUUACAAUAAUCUCUAUGAAUAUCACCAUAUUUCCUCCUUACGGAAAUUGCAUGGCUCAUAUGUUCACCGGUUAAGAAUAAAGGUUCUCAGUGGUGACGUUUGUUAAAACAGAUGUGCUUACAUCACUGUUCAUCUUACUGUGUCUCUGUAUGGGCAGCUGCAGCACAGCGGCUCUCUUCUCGCAUGUCUCAAAAUCCCUCCGAAAAACUCAUGUACAUAACUUCAAAACAGCUACUUUGUUAACACUCAUUCUGCCUGUGGCUUGUGUACAGUGAACCACACACAGACUUACAGUACCUUCACGGAGCGAAGAGGGUAACUUGAGGGCGGCGUCUCCAGAAUAAGCUAUGGCUAGCUUGGCUUUCUGUUCAGGGUCUGGCCAGGGCAAUCUUUCAAAACAGGGUGCAACUUUAAAUUCUUUUUUUUCUUUCUUUCUUUCUUUUGUUUUUGUUUUUUGUCUUUUGAAAAUGUUAAGAUGAAUUUCUCACAAAGGGGUCUAAUGUUUGAAUUGGCUCCUAUUCUCCACAAAUACCCACAAUACUGUUGCAGUUUUUCUACAGGGCAUUUUUAACCAUCCCAGCUACUACACUCUUCUUUUUAGUAUCUUUUACAUGUUCUGGACACUGAGUACAAAAACUGAAACAAUUAAUGUAUUUUUUUUUUCUUUUUCUGAAUGUGAACUUUGGAUCUUUUUUAUAAGAUAUCCCUCCAGACAAUUCUGUUAUAAUAAAAAGGUGCUUUUGGUCCUGUUUGAAAGUAGAGACGACUCUAACACAGAAGCAGCUGGGUUGUCAGCACUGAAUGUAGAAAUGAAUGGUUUCACAAUUACACACGACAUUGCUGCUCUGCUCAUCAGUGUGUGUGUGUGUGUGUGUGAGUGUGUAUGUGAGUGUGUGAUUAAAUUAACCAGCAUUCAACUCAAACUGUCUGUAAGGUUUAAUUAGAAGACGUGAUCUGGCAUCUGGGCAAAUAAUUCUACGGUACAUUAUUUCAGUACAAGAUCAUGGAUUUUGUGUGACUGAGUUUGAAGAAUGUCGAUCAGUACAGUCAUGUGUUUGAAAGUAGUUCACGUGUGUAUUUAUGUUUUCGGUCACAUUAACUUAGAAUUUAGAAAUGUGUCAACUACCAAUCCUGUUCCUAAUUUUUGUCACAAGCGACUAAACGUGGUCAAUGUGGAUUCAGGAUUAGCCACAUUCACGUCUGUUAGCCAUUUAUCUGUAACAUGAAGAUGACUGACUUGUCAUUCAGCCACAACAUUAUUGCCAAUGUGAAAGUUAGGAUUACAUCUUGUACUCAGUUGUGCCAACAUUAAAAUCUUUGGGCUCGGUACUUGUGAUCCCCAGCUUACUGAAUCUCACCUCUUCCUUUCAAGUCAUAUUGUAAAUAACAACAAUCCAACAAUGCAAUAAACACUAUUGCACUCAGACAGGGAGGCAAGCGACUGCAAAGGUCAGGUGAUGCGAGUCUUUAAAUGUGGAACUCUACAAUGAUGAAACCCUGUAUAGCUCAUCUGAAUCAGGUGAUGUUGUUCUUCAAUUCUUUUAUGAUUCCUUCUCUCUCGUUUCUUUUACUCCGUGCUGUUUUAAUGAAUCAUUCUUUUUGACAUUGUCAGGUUGAAAAAAAUAAAAAUAAAAUAAACAAAUAAAUUGUAUCUGUUUCACGCCGAUCUUAAAGCUUCAGGCUAUAGCGUUUCAAAUAAAGUGAAAACAAAUGCAAAAGAAAAAGAAAAAAAAAUUACUGGAAGCUGUUACUGUAAACACAACAUUUUAAAGGAACUGUGUAUGUAAAAAUAGUAUAUGUAUGUGAUUGAAAAUAAACAAAACCUUUGAUCUUGGAUAA